CAGGUUUGCUGUUGUAUGAACAAUUUUAUUCCGAAAAUAGAACCCAUAUAAAAUUGCAAAUAUUCUGCAUAUAAGACGGCCUUACAGUUUCUGGUGGGGUCUGUCGGAGAUUCUGUGCCUUGUGGUCUGAUUGUGAAUAGGGUUUUGGUUUUUGGGGCAAUUUGCACAGAGACGUAUUGCAAUUGAAGAAGAAAGAAAAGCACUUUUGCUUGUGGAGGAUUCAGGUUCUGGGAAUUUCUGGUGAUCUCUCAGAAACCCAAUUGGCAAAAUCUCUUAAAUUUGCGAAUGCACUUAAAUCUGGGGACUUUGGCCAAAUGGGGUUUUGAAUUUGCUGCUUCCAACUUUUAAUUUUGGUGAUUUAGUUGCAAUUCUGUUUAGGGAGAGCAUACAAUUAUGACCUGUCAUCAUGAGAGGGCUCCGGUGGGAUAGUUGUGAAUGGGCACCCCCGACAACAAACUCUCCGAGUUAGUUGACGUAUUCAAGUCUUGGAUUCCCAGGAGGUCCGAGCCGCCCAAUGUGUCCAGGGACUUUUGGAUGCCUGAUCAGAGCUGUAGGGUAUGUUAUGACUGUGACUCUCAGUUCACAAUAUUUAACCGAAGGCAUCAUUGUCGACUUUGUGGCCGAGUUUUCUGUGCCAAGUGUACUGCAAACUCUAUUCCUGCGGUGUCCGAUGAGCCAAGGGUUGGAAGGGAAGAUUGGGAGCGGAUUAGGGUCUGUAAUUAUUGCUUCGAGCAAUGGGAGCAAGGGGGAGCCGCACCCAAUAAUGCUGCCACCCCCGCAGCCAGCCCUGGUCUCAGUCCAUCACAAUCCGUGACAAGUUUGGCAAGCACCAAGUCCAGCUGCACCUGCCACAGCAGCAGCAGCACUAUUGGUUCUACCCCUUACUCGACUGGACCUUACCAGCGUGUGCCAUAUAGUUCUGGUCAGAGCCCUAGUCAAUCAUCUUCCGAAAUUUAUUCAGUUCCGGUACAGCAAGACAUUGUGACAUCGCAGAUGAGCAUUAGUUCUGAUGUAGCCAUGGCUGAGCCGUCUCCAAAUCUAUAUGGCUUUUGUAUGAACAGGAGUGAUGAUGAGGAUGAUGACUAUGGAGUUUAUCGUUUAGAUUCAGAACCAAGUCAUAUCUCUCAUGGCAAUGACUAUUAUGGUGCAGUCACUAUUGAGGAAUUUGCUAGCGUCUAUGGACCCCAGAAUGUGCAUCUUGACGGAGAUAACACGAGUUCCUUAUUAUCUGGGAGUUUUGAUACACAGGAUGUAGUGGGAAUUCAGAAAAUUGAGGAAGAACAAUAUGAACACGAUAUCGGUGAUGAAUGUGGAACUUCUGCAUAUGACCUGCAAAGCACGAAUACCGAACCUGUGGAUUUCGAGAACAAUGGGCUACUUUGGCUCCCUCCGGAGCCUGAGGAUGAAGAAGAUGAGAGAGAAGCUGUCUUAUUUGAUGACGACGAUUAUGAUGGUGGUGGUGCAGGGGAGUGGGGAUAUCUGGGUUCUUCAAAUGGCAUUGGUAAUGGGGAGUGUCGUACGAGGGAGAAAUCAAUUGAGGAGCACAGGAAGGCAAUGAAGAAUGUGGUGGAAGGUCAUUUUAGGGCUUUGGUAUCUCAGCUUUUGCAGGUUGAAAACCUACCACGGGGUGAUGAAGGCAACAAUGAGAGCUGGUUGGACAUAAUUACUUCGUUGUCUUGGGAAGCUGCCAUGCUUCUCAAGCCAGAUAUGAGCAAGGGUGGAGGAAUGGACCCUGGGGGAUACGUGAAGGUUAAAUGUAUAGCUUGCGGGCGUCGAAUUGAUAGUACGGUGGUAAAAGGAGUUGUUUGUAAGAAAAAUGUGGCUCAUCGGCGAAUGACAUCACAAAUAGAAAAACCACGCUUUUUAAUCCUUGGAGGAGCUUUGGAAUAUCAGCGUGUUUCAAACCUCUUGUCAAGUUUUGAUACUUUGUUGCAGCAGGAAAUGGAUCAUCUGAAAAUGGCAGUUGCAAAGAUAGACUCACAUCACCCUAAUGUCCUUUUGGUGGAGAAGUCUGUAUCUCGGUAUGCUCAAGAUUACCUUCUUGCAAAGGACAUCUCACUUGUUCUGAAUAUUAAGAGGCCACUUUUAGAGCGAAUAGCCCGCUGCACUGGGGCACAAAUAGUCCCUUCAAUAGAUCAUCUCACAUCACCAAAACUAGGGUUUUGUGACAUGUUCAAUGUGAAGAAGUUUCUUGAAGUGCAUGGCAGUGCUGGGCAAGGUGAGAAAUUGACAAAGACUCUGAUGUUCUUCGAAGGUUGCCCGAAGCCCUUGGGUGUUACCAUAAUGCUCCACGGUGCCAAUGGGGAUGAGUUGAAGAAGGUGAAACAUGUUGUCCAAUAUGGAGUUUUUGCUGCUUAUCACUUGGCUCUGGAGACUUCAUUUUUAGCUGAUGAAGGUGCUUCACUUCCAGAACUUCCUUUGAAGUCUGCGAUUAAUGUUGCAUUACCCGAUAAACCAUCAAGUGUUGACAGGUCUAUUUCCACCAUACCUGGUUUUAGUGUCCCACCGGCUGGCAUGCCUCAGGGUCCCAAUGCUAGCAGUGAGCUACAGAAAUCUUUUCAAGGGUUAAUUACAGAUAGCAAUUCAUCUACCACUAGUGGCCCCAUUUUGAACCUGCAAGGUGCCGAUUCAAUUUGCUCAUCUAAAGCUUGUUCUCAAGCUUUUCUCAUAGAACAUGCUUCGAGCUCUAAAGAAUCUAGAUCUCUCUUUACUUCCUUGUCUCCUCCCCAAGAGGAUAUCACAGAAUCCUACCAUAAAGAGCUCCCCUCAAUAUGUGCCUCUGAAAAUAAAAUUGAUGUGGGUUCUAAAGAUUCUUGCCUGGACAAUUCAGCUCAGGCUGGGGAAGCUUUGGUCAACAAUGGUUUAAUCUCUAAUUCUCUUGCCACCUCAGAGGCAUUAGGACAUGGUGGCGGUGCUUUAGCUGCAACUCUUGGUGAGACUCCAGAAUUGACGUCCAUAAAACAUCAUAGUGAUAAUCAGAAUGAGGAGGUAGGAUCUUCAAAGGAAGAGUUUCUGCCCUCACCUUCUGACCACCAAAGCAUUUUGGUUUCCCUGUCAACACGUUGUGUGUGGAAGGGAACUGUCUGUGAACGGUCCCAUCUGUGUCGAAUCAAAUAUUACGGAAGUUUUGAUAAGCCUUUGGGGAGGUUCUUACGAGAUCAUCUAUUUGAUCAGAAUUACCUUUGUCGUUCAUGUGGGAUGCCAUCAGAAGCGCAUGUUCAUAGUUAUACUCAUAGACAAGGGAGCCUUACAAUAUCCGUUAAGAAGCUCCCAGAGAUUUUGCUACCGGGGGAAAGGGAAGGAAAAAUUUGGAUGUGGCACAGGUGCUUGAAAUGUCCUCGAACCAAUGGCUUCCCUCCUGCAACUCGAAGAGUAGUCAUGUCAGAUGCUGCUUGGGGUUUGUCAUUUGGGAAGUUUUUGGAGUUAAGCUUUUCAAAUCAUGCAGCUGCAAACAGAGUUGCAACUUGUGGUCAUUCCCUUCACAGAGAUUGUCUUCGGUUUUAUGGUUUCGGAAGAAUGGUUGCUUGCUUCAGCUAUGCCUCCAUUCAUGUUCAUUCUGUUUAUCUUCCACCACAAAAACUCGAAUUUCACAAUGAUAAUCAGGAAUGGAUACAAAAGAAGCAGAGGAGGUGAGUGGGUCAUCGGGCAGAGCUUCUCUUUACUGAAUUGCGCAAUGCUCUUAAUCAUAUUCUGGAGAAGAGACCAAUUUCAGGGACAGCGGAUGGUGGUAAGAAAGCACCUGAAUCAAGUCAAAUUGUAGAACUUGAAGAGAUGCUUCAAAAGGAAAGAGAAGACUUUGAGGAAUCAUUACGAAAAACGAUGCAUAAGGAGGUGAAGUUUGGCCAGCCUGCAAUUGAUAUUCUCGAGAUCAAUAGAUUAAGGAGGCAGUUGCUCUUUCACUCUUACAUUUGGGAUCAACACCUAAUUCAGGCUGCCAGUUUAAGUAAAAAAAGUUUCCAGGAAGGUUUGAGCAGUUCCCUUCCAAAACUCAAGGAGAAACCUAUCAGUUCUAUGGAGAAGCUUGUCAACACAAAUAUAAAUUCCAUGCCAGGUAAAGGAUUAAGUAGUAGUGAUUCCUCUCUUCGGGAAACAAAGCCUGAUGUAAGUAUUUAUCAAGGAGGAGAUGUUGGCAGCUUUAGCCAGCCUGGAGGGGAGCAGAACAAAAAUGAAAUGGUUCAGGACCCGAAUCAUAGUAAUGAGGCAAAAAAUUUCACACCUUCCUCUGACAAUUCCAUUGAUAAAUCUGAUCCAUUGGAAUCUGGAACAAGUGUACGAAGGACCCUCUCAGAAGGGAACGAGAGUCCAGUAGUGGCGAAUUUAUCUGAUACCCUUGAUGCAGCUUGGACUGGUGAAAGUCACCCAACAAGUACCAUACCUAAAGAGAAUGGCUACUCUCUACCUGAUUCAACCUUUGUAAAUUCUGCAACUGUGUUGAGAAAAGUUGAAUCAAAUUCAGAUUUGCAAAAUUGUGCUGUUGACCAAGCUGGGGUACAGGCAACUGCUCCAACUCAUUCUCUUAGCUCUAAAUCUCUCAAGGUGUUUGACAAAAAUUAUUCCUUUAAUUCUCAAAAGAUCAUCAUUGGUGAAUACAAUCCCGUCAAUGUUCCAAUGUUUCGGGAAUUGGAAAGGCAAAGCCGUGCCAGACUGUUACUGCCCAUUGGUGUUAAUGACACUGUCAUCCCUGUUUUUGACGAUGAACCCACUAGUGUUAUUGCAUAUGCACUUGUCUCGUCAGAUUACCAUUUGCAAAUUUCCGAGUCUGAGAGACCAAGAGAUGCUCUGGAUAGUUCAGUCUCAUUACCUCUUUUUGAUUCCGCAAAUCUUCUCUCACUUAGCUCUUUUGAUGAGUCGCUUUCUGAGACCUACAGAAAUCUUGGUUCUUCUGAUGAGGGCAUGUUAUCUGUGUCACGGUCGCGGAGCUCUCAAGCUUUGGACUCACUUUUGUCAAAGGACAUUCAUGCUAGAGUUUCUUUUACAGAUGGUGGCACCCUUGGGAAGGUGAAGUAUACAGUGACAUGUUACUACGCAACGCGGUUUGAGGCUUUGAGGAGGACGUGUUGCCCUUCUGAAAUAGAUUUCGUACGAUCUCUUAGCCGUUGUAAGAAGUGGGGCGCCCAGGGUGGCAAGAGCAAUGUUUUCUUUGCAAAAACCUUGGAUGAUCGGUUUAUCAUUAAACAAGUUACAAAGACAGAGCUGGAAUCAUUUAUCAAGUUUGCACCGUCUUAUUUCAAGUAUUUGUCCGAGUCAAUCAGUACUAGAAGCCCAACUUGCCUGGCAAAGAUCCUGGGUAUUUAUCAGGUUUCGUCAAAGCAUGGUAAAGCAGGGAAAGAGUCCAAGAUGGAUGUUUUAGUAAUGGAGAAUUUAUUAUUUAGACGGAAUGUCACGCGGCUUUAUGAUCUGAAAGGAUCUUCUCGAUCACGUUAUAAUCCAGAUACAAGUGGGAGCAAUAAAGUUCUACUCGACCAGAACCUGAUUGAAGCAAUGCCAACUUCUCCAAUUUUUGUGGGGAGCAAGGCAAAGCGGCUACUAGAGAGGGCUGUCUGGAAUGAUACUGCGUUCCUUGCUUCGAUAGAUGUCAUGGACUACUCGUUACUGGUCGGCGUGGAUGAGGAAAAGGAUGAGCUAGUUCUGGGGAUCAUAGAUUUUAUGAGGCAAUACACAUGGGACAAGCACCUUGAAACUUGGGUGAAGACCUCAGGAAUUCUCGGCGGAGCCAAGAACACGUCUCCAACCGUGAUUUCUCCCCAGCAAUACAAGAAACGAUUCAGGAAAGCUAUGACAACUUAUUUCCUCAUGGUACCCGAUCAGUGGUCUCCCCUAACGAUCGUUCCAAGCGGGUCGCAGUCUGACGUUGGUGAAGAAAAUGCGCAAGAUCCGACCUGAAACUGUGCUCUAGCCUGUGUAUGUGUGAAGAUUUUAGCUGAAUAACUUUUACUUGUAUACUUGAAGAUGUGAGCUGAAUGGAAUAAUGUCCAAUACAAAGCUAUAAAGCAGAAUGACUCGUUCUUUUUCACAUUUUCUCUCUUACAUCCACUGUAAUCUUUAUUCAAUAGUCUUUGUUUUUCGUUCUUUAUAAGAGGUAUAAAGAGGUAAAGAGCGUUUCGAUUA